UCUAAGCGCCAUCCUCAUGCAGAAGGAGCAGACUGUUGUGGUUCGCGCAUGGAUUUUACGCACAGAGGAAGCUAUAUUGGCAAACCCCUUUCUUAAUGCCAUACGUGCAUUUUUGUGACACUUCUCCACUGUGCUAAAGCGCAGUCUUAUUAGUUGUUUUGCGCAAGUGCGAUGCCUUUGCGCUGUUUAAUCAAAAUCCCAGAAGGAGGGAUGCGUGGGCGCUGAAAGUGUCACAGCAGAGACUGGCAGGGGGUUGCUAACCGAAUUGGAGACAUUUUUCUUAAGUGUUUGUCGAUCAGUGCGAGACAUGAGAUGUGUUAAAAUCCUCAUAAAACAUCAAACGGUCUGGGAAGCGAAUUAAGCACUUAGAAUAGACAUGACCUGCAAAUAGUGGGGACUCUGUGCGUAAACUCAUACUAGAGGGAAUGUUAAAUGUCUUUUUUUUAAACUAACGCAUCAUUUUAUGAGUUAUGCAAUGUCUUCUGUUUUCACAUUCAUGCAAAAGUGUUGCACUUAAAUUGGAAGGGCGACUCCCCUGCAGAAACUGUCGAUAAGAAGCGCUAAAAGGGACAGCGGAGAGCUUUGAUGGGAUUUGCUGCCAGUGAAAGCUGGAGGUCUUUUGAACGGAGUUGUCAGUCAAUACCAGUGGGACCUGCACCCAACCCCACCCCUCCUCUUUGCUCACACACAGGGGCAGCUGGUUGUGAAUAUAAAUAGACCGGUACGCUGGAGUCCCACACAGACUUUUUAAGGAACAGUUGGGGAAACAGGAAAGAUGCCCGCGUCGCCAGCUGGAUUUGGAAACUUCUUCUUGGAGAGGAACCUCGUAAUGCCGGCUGGAUAUCAGAUCCCGGUGCUGGGGUGUCCAUCGGGUGUACAGCAGCAGCAGCAGCAGCAGCAACAACAGGCUCAGCAUCUGGCAGCUAUGGCAGCUGGAGUUCCCAUAACAUACUCAGGACUUCAGGGAUACAACUUUCUCCCUUAUCCACACCACAGGCACAUCGCGCACAUGAGCGGUGGCUUUGACCUGAAGGCCGCCUCUUCAUAUCAUCACGCCCUCCUGGCCCGCGGUGGGGUCCUCUACCCUCCCUACCGUCUGGGAGCUGCAGAGGAGCUUGGCAGGGUUGCCAAGGUGGCGACACGUGAGAGCACCGGCGCGCUGAAGGCCUGGCUGAACGAGCACCUGAAGAACCCAUACCCGACCAAGGGCGAGAAAAUCAUGCUGGCCAUCAUCACUAAGAUGAGUCUGACGCAGGUCUCCACCUGGUUCGCCAACGCCAGGCGGCGCCUGAAGAAGGAGAACAGGGUCAGCUGGGCAUCCAAAAGCAAAUCGGAUGAGGAGGACGAGGAGCAGGAGGGGGAGAGUGACGAGGAGGAAGGUCCCCUGCAGAAGUGCAACUUGGAGGAGCGAGAUGAUGAGGCAGAGCAUCAUAAUGAGCAGGAAGCCGCAGAUGAGCCUGAGCCGGAGCGCUCUGCAGCUGCAGAGGAGCGCUUGGAGGUGCAGGAAGCUGGAUCAGAGAAGAAACCUGGAAACACCGAUUCUGACCACACAUCAUCUGCUCCAGAAAGCAAAGAGAACAUUGUCAGUCAGAAACCCAAAAUCUGGUCUUUGGCAGAAACCGCCACCUCAGAGGUCUCAAAGAAACCUGUGGAUGGUUUUUACCACCCUGCUGGGAAGCUGUGGGCGGACUGGGCUUCACGAAGUGGACUCUUUGUUCCAGCUUACUACACCACUCAUGAAAUAGUCUGAGCUGAUCAGAAGACAGUUAAAAAAA